ACUCGAUUACUGGUAUGAUGCAUUUUCAGUUUUCUUUACGUUUUUUCUUAUGUGAGGAACCCUGAAAGGGAAAAUACACUGAAAAUGGCCUGGAAAGUUUUGGUGUGCCUGGGUGUGAAAGAGUUAUAAGGGAAAGAAAACGAAUUAUGCGAUGUCCCGCUGCCUGAUUGUGUGUGCGAGAUUGUAAAAAAUCGUUCUGAUAAAUCGUUUGCAUACAAGUGUGAAGUGUGGGUUUAAAUUAUCACAUGUGCAAACUAUUUCACUUAUUUCAUAACACAUAUUUCACUUAAACUUAUUGACUUCUCUCGGUGGGUCUUGUCCUCAAGAUUACACCGGCGAUAUAUUUGGUUAUUACAUGAGAUCCGUAGCCAAAGAAAAACGCGUUAUUAUAAAAUUGGAAUAACCAAUUUUCGAUGUUUGCAAUUAGUUUAGGGGAAGAGUUUUGGACGGAAGAAAUCUGCUGUGUUUAUUCAGAAGUACUUAAAUAGAAAGAGGGGAUCUGUGCUGUUUUAAGGGUUUGCAAAUAAUUUGUGGAUUGACUGUGUCUGACUCCUGGAUAUCUCUUAGGCUUUUGCUGGUCUUGAUGGCAAAUUAUGAGUGCACAUAACAUUCUGUGCCCAUCUAAUGUCUAAAAAUAUUAACAUAUUAUAAACCAAGUAGGCUACAUGUAGUCCGCUCUGCGCGAACGGGGCAUCUACCACUUUAUAGGUACGUGAAUACGGCUAUCACGGAAAGUAAAGUUUGCAUGAGUUUUUUGGGGGGACGGCGUGCUUCUGUCCUGGUGAACACUGACAGCCGCCAUGGGAACCAAACAGACGAAGGGAAUGGGGCAGGAGGCUGGGCCAAGUCCCCAGCACGGGCCGUGGAAGCGGACGCCAACCAAGGAACGGGGCGAUAUCUUUGCCUCUUUAAUGCUGAGGUCGGGGGAUCGGUUCAGCCGUGGCGGGACCCCUCCUCCCCCAUACCAGCGACGCAUCGGGAUGAUCCAGGAGAUGAUGAUGAUGGCCAAACAGGGGAAGCAAGAUGAGGCGACAGAGCUGCUGAAAACGCUCCGACAGGACCUGGGAAUGGAGUCCACAUCUCUGGAUGAUGUCCUAUACCGUUACGCCAGUUUUCGCAACUUGGUGGACCCCAUCACCCAUGACCUCAUCAUCAGCCUGGCCAGAUACAUUCACUGCCCAAAGACGGAGGGUGAUGCCCUGGGUGCAAUGGAGAAAGUAUGUCGGCAGCUGACCUAUCACCUGAGCCCCCAUUCGCAGUGGAGACGCCAGGGCCUGCUGAAGAGGAAGCCCCAGGCUUGUUUGAAGGUGGUACUGUCUUCCCCUCCCCCUGCUGGAGCGUUGGACCUAUCAGGUAUACCGCUUGGUGUGCGGGACAUGGAGCGGCUGUGUGCCUACCUGCAGCGCCAUGCGGCCCGGAUCUGUAGCUUGGAGCUGGGCUUCACUGAGCUGACCGAUGAGGCCUUCCUCCUGCUGCUGCCGACCCUCAGCUCCCUGCCCUACCUAGAGACGCUGGCGCUCAAUGGGAACCGCCUGACCCGCGCCGUCCUCAAGGAGCUCACGGACAACUUGAAGGACCCGGGCAGCUUCCCCAGCAUCACCUGGAUCGACCUGGGCAACAACGUAGACAUCUUCUGCCUGCCUCAGCCCUUCCUCGUCAGCCUCCGCAAGCGUUGCCCCAAGCAGGGCAACCUCCCCACCAUCCUGGAGUUCGGGGAGAGCCAAGCCAGUGAACCCGAGAGCAGGGCCGAUGAAGAUGCCGAGGGAGAUGAGGGGCUCAGGACAGAGAGCAUGGGGGAACUGAGGUCUGAGGUGGAGGGCGAUAUGGAUGGAGAGACGGAGAUAGAGGAGAUGAUGGAGGAGCUGCUGGACUUUGAUAGAGAGGUGCAGGGGAAGGAGGAUGAAAUGGAGGAGGACAGCAUGUGGACAAUGGAGGAACAGGGGAAGGGAAAGAGAAAGAUGGGUGCACAAGGAUCGAGAAAGGGACAGAUGGCCACUAAAGCAGAGGGAGAGGAAGACCUCCAGAGCCACUCAUCCCAGCUGUCCUAUUCCAGCCAAUCCCAGCUAUCCUCUGGACACACUGAGCCCAUGGACUUGAAUACGGGGGAUCAGGUGACUACCCAGACAGACAAUCAAACCUGA